ACGAACGCCAUUACUCUUGGCGUUUCGGCGGUAAUAAAGCGCGGGUAUACCUACUGGUCUUAUAACUCUUUUAAGUACCGGUGCUUGUUGCAUUAGUCAGUUUUGUAUAGUUUGGAAAUUGAGAAAAAUAAUCUGAAAAAAUGUUCGAAGCUCGUUUGGUACAGAGUGCGAUCUUGAAGAAGGUGUUAGAUGCAAUAAAAGCUUUAACAGAAGCUACCCUCGAAUGUUCUGAUUCUGGAAUUCAGGUUCAAGCUAUGGACAAUGCUCAUGUUUCUUUAGUUUCCCUUAAUCUCAGAAGUGACGGAUUUGAUAAAUAUAGGUGUGAUAGAAAUUUAUCGAUGGGAAUGAGCAUUGCAUGUAUGUCUAAAAUUCUACGAUGCGCUGGCUCAGAAGAUACAGUUACUUUACGAGCAUUGGAUAAUCCAGAAAACAUUGUAUUUAUAUUUGAAUCACCGAAUAAAGAAAAACUUGCAGAAUAUGAGAUGAAACUUAUAAAUAUGGACCAGGAACAUCUUGGUAUUCCUGAAACUUCGUAUUCUUGUGUUGUAAAAAUGCCAUCUCAAGAGUUUUCCCGCAUUUGUAGAGAUUUAAGUCAAUUUGGAGAAUUAGCAUUUGCAUGUUCUAAAGAGGGUAUAAAAUUCAGUGCUGCUGGAGAUUAUGGCCAAGCUACUAUUAAAUUAGCACAAACAGCAGAUGCAGAUAAUGAAGAACAUGCAGUAGUUGUUAAUAUGCAAGAACCAGUAAAGUUAACUUUUUCAUGCCGUUAUCUUAAUUGUUUUAUAAAGGCUGGACCUCUUUGUGCACAAGUACAGUUAUCAAUGUCUAAUGAUGUACCUUUAGUAUGCGAAUAUAAAAUUGGAGAUAUUGGACAUAUACGAUAUUACCUAGCUCCGAAAAUUGAUGAUGAUGAAGAAAAUUAAAAUUCUGAGGAAUUCUUUUGAUUUGUAAAGUGCAACAUCACGUAUCAUAGCAACAGCUAAUUUGAUGGAAUACAAUUGAAUUUUGGUAACUACCACAUUACUAAGAAGGAAAUAUUUAUAAAAUAUUCAAAAUAGAGUGAUAAUAUUGCUUAGCUAAAAAGAAGUAUAUUUUAAUACUCGUUAAGGAAUGAUUAAGAAUAAUUAAAAAUACUUUGAAGGUAAUAUAUUUAAAUUUUACAUUUAAAAGUCAUUUGGCUCGUCACAGUAUUAGCGCAACGUAGAAUUGACACUAAGAUUCAUAGUAGAGUGACACGUUCAUGAUUAACAUGUUAAUGUAGUGUCAUUUUUGUAAGAUUUAUAUUGUUAUCGUUUAAACUGUGACAAUGUUUUGAUAAUAUUGCAUCUUUUAUAUGUAAGAAGAACUCAAUAUAUUUCCAAAACAUUUGAUAAAUUUUGAA